GUGUAGUCUGCUAAGCAAGCCUGUGUGUAGAGAAAGCGUGGCUGCUAAUUGAAGAGCGUCCGUUCACGCAUCAAAUUCACCACGCCGCCGCUAGUACCAAUCCAUUUUCUGCAGCGGAUACACAACACUUAUUUUUACAGCAGCAUUUUGCAUAUUUUUUCUCUCAGUUUAAUUUGGAUGCUCUUUUGAAUUUAUAUAUCUAGCAGUAAAUAGUAAGAACAUUGGAUCAGCUUUGAUUUCUACUCUCCUUGCCUCAGGUGUGCGAUUUUCCGUGUGGCGUUCAGUUUGAUUAUAAGAAGACAGUCGGUCACACACACACUGAAUAAGAGGUUUGCAACCGCAGACAUGAGUAAGAAAGGAGAUACAGAUGUAGCUGUGGAAGAACCAGUGAAGAGACAGAGAGGAAGACCUCGAAAAUAUCCCAAACCUGAUCCAAACGAAGAGCCCAAGGAAAAACGACCAAGAGGAAGGCCGAAGGGCAGCACUAAAGCAGCAACGAAAAAGAAAGAGGUCGCCACCACUGGAUCAAAAAAACGAGGUCGAGGUAGACCUCGGCGAUGGCAGGCUGAAGAAGAAACAAAGAGUCCAAAGAAAAAUAAGAAUGCUGAGGUGACUUCAGAAGAAGAUGAAGAGGAAGAGGAAGAAGAGGAACAGUAAACGCAAACAGAUUUAAGAACGCAAAGAUAAGGAGCAGAGUUGUGCGAAAUAUCAAAAGACUCAAAUAGCCUUGGAACUUUCACUGAAAUUUGACAUAUCCCUGAUAUUUUAACUGCUGCAAAUACGAUUAAUUAUUUUGUGUAAAGGCCUAUUUUUAGCGAUUUUUUGGGAUUCCUACUGGACAACAAAUAUACCCUACUGGACUGAUUGCAAUUUAACAUUGGUCAUUUUCAUUAUUUGCUAUUGCAUUUUAAAUUUUAAUAACCCGAGUUUCAAAAUACUGUUAUAAUUAUCUUUAACAUUCUGGAAAGAAAAAGGCAAAAUGUGAAGAGAAUUAUUGAAAAACAAAAUUAUAGAAUCUGAUUGGUUUUGGACAAUCAGUUCAAAAUGACAAAAAUAUUCAGAAUUUAGAUUUUUAAACCAAAGAAUUGAUGUACAGUGACUACAUCAUGUCAUAUUGCAAUGUAACGUUGAAAUGAACAAGCAGUAGGGCCUAGUGAUCGUAAAUAAUGUUGCAUUCUGAAAUUGUAGAUGGUUUGUUACAUAGACCAUGUUUUUACAUUAGUAGAUUGUUAAUUAGCUUCUUUUUUUUUGUGUUAUGCAAAAUAGUUUUGCUUUUCAAAUGUUUUUAGUAGUGUAAGAUGGCUUUUAGAGUUUUUGCAUGUUCUUGACAAUUUGUACAAUGGGUGUUUAGGAAGGUACAUGCAGUAGGAUUAUAAUAGUAAAUGUAUUUAGGAAACUUUAGAAUGUUAUAAGUACAGUAUUACUGUGUGUAUCUUUUGUUGCUAUUUUUACAAAACAUCACAUUAACAAAUAUCAACAGUUCUGUAUAAUUUGUUUAAUUAAUUGUCUGGCAGGUAAAGGGCAUCAAAUUUUAGCCAACAACUUAUGUUUAGUUGUUUUUUACCGGGUUUCCAUGGAAUGAUUGUCUUGUAAUUAGUUUUGUAUGAAUUACACAUCUUGACCAGUAAAAGCUAAAAUGCUUAUAUGUUCAGUCACAGAGCAAUACUAAAAUAAAUUGAGUCACAACUAAUACUAAUAUUAGAGCUAGUCAUUGUAUAUUACUUGUAUAUUUAUAAAUAGAACACCCAAACAUAAUGUACAGUGCUACUACUUCAAAGUCUAUAUUCUGAAUUCAGAUAAUGGCAAACUGUAUACUAUCAAAUCAAUUAUUAUUGAUAUUCUGAAAUAUAUAACCAUGGUGAUUAUCCCUAUGAUAAUCAUUUCUCAGUGGUGAUUAUUUCUAUGGUGUUGGUAUUUUAAUGACAUUUACCAUGAAAACAGUUGCCAUGAGGAGAGUUGAUCCUCACUAUGAUUAUAUAUCUACAAUAUUACAGUAUUUUCUUAGAUAUAAAUAAAAGUAGGAGCUGUAUGGUAGAAAUACAAAACCUUGUGUACACAAACCGAUUUAUUUGAAACCUAACUUUUUGCUAGUUCCAGCUUGAUUCUUCAACAUCAACAUUUCAACUUUACGAUUUUUAUUAUCUGUUACAGCUGUUGAAUUAUUCAAAAGGAUGUGUUGACAAGGAUAUUAUUACUAAGUGGUUUAUCGAGCAGACUUUAAAGCCCAGCACUGUAUCUUUAGAAUUGUACAAAAUAAAAUUUACCAGGUUGUCUGAUCAUUGGCACUGGUAAGCAUGAUAUUUUGAUUGGCACCAGUUGUGCUUGGCACCGGUAAAUGUAACAGCCAGUAAUAUAUGGUCAUGUUAUUGCAUAAGGAUUGUAACACAGAAAGAUGUAGUGUUUUGCAUACAAAAUUAAUUAUGCUAAUUCCUAGCUUAUUGCUUUAAAAUGCUGCAUUUUCUACCUCAAACCUGCACGUAGAGAAUGAACAAGCACGCCCUCUCAGUUUAAUCAAGUACAUAGGUCAAAUCCGAUUAGGUGCUGUGUGUUGAUUUAACUAAUUUAUAUUUGUGUACUUUCUUUAUUAUUGUCAUUUUACAUUACCAACAUUAUCAUUGCUGUUCUUAUCUCUAAUUAUAAAAUGCUUAAUAGACUCAUCCAAGAUCUGUUCUUUACAUUUGCUUGUAGUGUUGCAAUUACUGUAUUAACUGAACAAAAUUGCAGAACUGCUAUCCUGAUAGAAGACAUUAGUUACAGAUGGGUGAUUUGGACUUGUCGUUAUUAUUGCCAGAAGUUUAAUACUAGGCAAGUUCCUGAGAUAAAUAUAACGCAAGCAUCAAGGGUAAAGUUAUGCAUGCCAUUAGUAGGCUUCGAGUAUUGCCUAUACUUUAGCAACCAAUGCUUAUUCACUGAUGGUUUUUCUGAUCUGAUAUUUGAAUUUAUAUAGUAACAGCAAGUAGUUGCCUCUACAAAGCAGUUAAAAUGUUAUCCACCGAAAUAAGAAUCAUUUUUUUUAAAGAUUUAAAGACAAUUUGCACUGAUAUUAAUAAUGGUGCUGGCUUCCCCAGGUUUUUUUUUUAGACUUUGUAUAACUUAGUAGUACCGUAGUCAUAAACAAUAUUAUUGUACUUCGAUUUAAAAGUUUUUUUAAACUUUUGAUGGUGUAUGAGAGAAUUACUCCUUGUGACGUGUUUGUAUUCAAUAAAGACAUGCGACUUGAA